AUGUCUUUGGAUGAGAAGUGCUUAUUAGCCGACAUUGUUAUCGACAACAGUCAGGACUUGAUUCACACCCGACGACAAGUGGAACAAGUGGUCAAAGAGUUGAGUGAUGAACGAAACCAUUCGGUGGUCAAAACGGAAAGCGACUCUUCGGCCAAAUAUGUAUUACCGGGCGAUGAGAUCACAUCCGACCAGACCUUCAUGAGAGGUCACGGCACGUAUCUGUCGACUCUCAACGACGACAAACAACUGAUGGCGUCCAUCGCCGGCGUCGUUGAGCCCAUCAAUCGUCUCAUAUCUGUUCGUCCGCUGAGAACCCGAUAUAACGGAGAGAUCGGAGAUGUGAUCGUCGGUCGCAUUACCGAAGUUCAGAGCAAGAGAUGGAGAGUCGAGACCAACGCACGGCUCGAUUCGGUGCUGCAGUUGUCGGGAGUGAACCUUCCGGGCGGUGAACUCAGGCGUAAGACCGCAGAGGACGAGGUCUUAAUGAGAAAUUAUCUCAAAGAAGGCGACAUUAUUUCGGCUGAAGUGCAGAAUAUCUUCGACGACGGGUCGCUCGGACUUCACACCCGAAGCCUUAAGUACGGAAAGUUAGGUCAAGGGAUACUGAUUCGAGUGUCGCCCUCAUUGGUGGAGCGCCGGAAGAAUCACUUCCAUAAGCUUCCGAUCGGCGCUAAUAUGAUUCUCGGCAACAAUGGCUUCGUUUGGAUCUCUCAAGUGAUAGCAGAGGGCACCGAAUCGGGCGGUCAUGUCAUCGACUUUAGCGACAUUGCGCUCCAGGAAAGAGAGACUAUGGCUAGACUUCGCAACUGUACGCUCGGGUUAGCUAAACAUAAGGUUAUGCUCAACGAUACGAGUGUUUCGUACGCCUAUGAGGUGUCCGUACAGUUGGGAUACCAACCAAAGGAUCUGCUAAUGCCUGAAGUGGUCGCUGUUAUCGCAGAACAAACCAAACUAAGGCUCAAUGAAUUUGAAGGAAUGGAUUUAAAUUGA